AUGUCAGCAAAGACGAAGAACACGGGCCGUGAGACCUCGCACAGAGACCACAGCCUGAAACUUCUCGGUCGAGUAUAUACCAGUCAGAAGAUGAACGAGCAGGUUCCUCUCGGAUCCGGCAUUCUCUUCUCGUACCCUGAGUUGGCCACUAUUUCCGGUGUCCAGGGCAUGAUCGUCUACGCUCUCGCGUCUUCGCUGCCCAUGCUCAUCUUUGGGUACCUUGGCCCUAUCAUCCGACGACGAUGCCCUGAGGGGUUCGUCCUCACCGAGUGGACUCGCCAGCGAUAUGGUAUUAUCACUAUGCUGUAUCUGAGCUUCAUGUCUCUUGUGACCUUGUUCUUGUACAUGGUUGGUGAGCUGUCGGCUAUCGGACAGGUUGUGAAUGCCAUGACUGGCCUCAAACCUCUUCCGAUUAUGAUCGUUCAGUGCGCUGUCACAACUAUCUAUACCUCUCUCGGUGGAUUCAGAAUCUCGUUCAUCACCGAUGUUGCCCAAGGUACCAUGGUUAUCGGGCUCGUCAUUAUCGCCGCCAUCACCAUUGGCGCAAAGACUGAGAUCCAACGACCUCUCAUCGAAGAGUCUGGUCUUACCAAGUCCAACCUCCUCGGCUGGCAGCUUCUGUACAUCCUUCCUGUUGCUGUUUUGACCAACGACUUCUUCCUCUCCUCCUUCUGGCUCCGAACCUUUGCCUCCAAGACUGACAAGGAUCUUCGAAUCGGUACCACCAUUGCCACGAUCGUUAUCCUGUGUAUCCUCACUCUUGUUGGUUCCACUGGUCUGAUCGCCGUUUGGUCCGGAGCUCUGUCUCUCGAGGACGCAGCUGGUUCUGGAUCAGUGGCCUUCUUCGUGCUUCUCGAGACCCUUCCCAGCUGGGUUGUCGGCAUUGUCCUUGUUAUGGUCGUCACCAUGAGCACAGCUGCCUUUGACAGUCUUCAGUCUGCUAUGGUAUCCUCCGGUUCUAACGAUCUCUUCCGCAACAAGCUCAACAUCUGGUACAUCCGUGCCUUUGUCGUCCUCAUCAUCAUCCCCGUCAUCGUCAUUGCUCUCAAGGCCCCCUCCGUUCUUCAGAUCUGGCUCAUUACCGAUCUCAUCUCCGCCGCUACAAUUCCCGUCCUGGUAAUUGGUCUCGUCGAUAAGUUUUACUGGUGGCGUGGCUUUGAGGUCGUUGUCGGCGGCCUUGGAGGUAUCCUGACCGUGUUCAUCUUUGGAUGUGUCUACUAUGGUAACGCUCAGGAGGCCGGUGAGCUUCUUCUUGUGCAGAAGGGUCUCUACGGCAAUGACUGGAGUGCCUUUGGUGCUUUCGUUGCUGCCCCUGUUGGAAGUAUCCUCUGGGGCUGUGGUGCUCUCGCCCUCCGUCUUUCCUACCAGUACAUGUCUGCCAAGAUUCGAGGGCAUCGCUUUGAUGCUCUUGAUCGCCCCGUGGACCCUCGUCGUUCGAGCACCGAGGAGGAUGUUCCCACUGAGAACCUCGUUUCUUCGACCCCUGGCAAGUUCUUUUAA